AUGGCUUUCAUCUUCCUGACAUUUUUGGUGAUCAACAUCUUGACAAUAGCUUGGAAUCUCCUAAUUAUUAUCCUAAUUUUGACUGAUCCAUGUCUCCACACCCCCAUGUACUUCUUCCUGGGGAACUUGUCUUGUCUGGAGACCUGCUACACAUCAAUUGUUAUUCCACCAAUGCUUUUAGGGCUCUUGAAGGAGAGGAAGCACCUUUCUCUGCUAGGUUGUUUAGUUCAGGCUUACUUUUUUGGGUCCUUUGCAGCUGCUGAAUGUUUUCUCCUAGUUGCAAUGGCAUAUGAUGGGUACUUAGCAAUAUGUUGUCCUUUGCACUAUGGUGCUGUUAUGGACCACAUUUUAUGCACUCAGCUCUCCACUGCAUCCUGGAUCAUGAGUUUUCUUCUUGUUGGCUUUGGUUUCUGCCUCAUACUGAGAAGACAUUUUUGUGGCCCUUGGGAAUUAGAAAAUUUCUUCUGUGAUUCCAUAAUGCUGCUUAAACUAACCUGCCCUGUCAGUGAUCAAACUGAACUAGUUUUUCUUAUCCUUGCAGCCAUGGCAACUCUCAUCCCAUUCCUGUUAACUGUAGCAUCUUACAUUGUCAUUGUAUCCACUAUCAUAAGAAUCCCAUCUAGCACCAAGAGGCAAAAGGCUUUUUCCACCUGCUCUUCCCAUCUCACUGUGGUAACAAUGUUCUAUGGAACGCUCAUUAUGGUGCCACCUACUGAGAUGUUUGCUAAAGUUCAGAAAUACCUUAGUCUGCUGUACACAGUGGUGACCCCCAUGUUCAACCCUGUUAUAUACAGCCUGAGGAAAGGUGAAUUCCAAGGAGCUUGGAGAAGAACAUUUAGGAGAAUCGUAAUUUUGAAAUGA